AACUUGGCUUCCGAUGGACCACAGUCUGAAGACCUCCUCCGACCAGUAUUUAUGGGCUGCGAGACAAAGAAUGCGAAAGUCGUCGCCAUCUCACUCGGCUCGCUGCAGCGGCUCAUUGCGCUCAAAGCCGUCCCACAAUCUGCUGUGCCCGUCAUUGUGAAGACUAUGACAGACUGCAUAAACCAGGGUGUCGACAUCCAGCUGCGGAUCUUGCAAACGUUGCUCUCUCUGAUUACCAAUUUCCCUAACGUGCAUGGAGACUUGCUUGGAGAGGCCCUGCUAUUAUGUUUCAAGCUGCAAGAGUCGCGAAUCGCGGUGGUGUCAUCCACUGCUGCUGCUACGCUUCGGCAACUUGUUAUGUUCGUCGUUGAUAAGGUUGUCGACGAAGACCGCAGAGACAUUCUCGAACCCGGCGACCUACAAGAGGUUGCGCUUCCCGACGGGACAACAAAACCGUUAGGUCCUUCUGCCAGGGAUGCAUUCGCUGUGUUUGAAGAUCUCUGUUUGCUUGCCAACUCUGAGCGGCCGAAAUUCUUGAGACUCGAAUCCUUGCGCAAGACAUUCGCGCUCGAGCUGAUUGAAAGUGUGCUUACGAACUAUCAUGACCUUUUCCGCAAGCAUGAUGAGCUUCUCAUGUUACUCCGACAUCACCUAUGCCCACUCUUGCUCAAAGCCCUGUCUGACCGUCCAAGCUUCCCUCUAACCCUGCGGGCCACGCGUGUCGUCUUCCUACUCCUAAAACAAUUCUUGCUCGAACUCAAGACCGAAGCUGAAGUCUUCCUCAUGCUGCUAAUCAAAAUCGUCAGUCCCGAGUCAUCGGAGGGCAUGACGCCUUCGCAGUCAACAGAGAGCUUCCACCCCACUCAUGGCGGUCGCCCACAGUGGAUGCGCGUGCUUUCUAUGGAAAUCAUGCGAGGUUUGUGCAGCGAUGCGGAACUCAUGCGCAACGUCUGGGUGCGCUAUGACGCCGAAGAGUCUGGCUCCAAAGUCUUCACAGCGCUGGUCACUGCGCUCAAGCGUCUGGUCACCGAAAAGCCUGCGCUACUCGGAGUUGGCACCCAGAUGCUUGGUAUCGGAGGGCCUCCACCGGAAGGCGGGUCGGGGUAUUUGGACGUUGGUGGUGUUGCUGGGCUAGUCGCAAAUGCGGCUAGCGCAACUGUGUCUGGCGUAGCCAGUAUGAUGAGCUCAGAUGCCAGUCUGAGUGUACAGGGGUCGGCAAUGAAGCUGCAGUGCAUCGACCAACUUGACAAGGCCGAUUCACCACCAAUACCGGAGCCAUACGUUUAUCUGAUUGGCGUGCAGUGCCUCGUAUCUCUCUCUGAAGGCUUCGCUUCGUUUGUAGGGCCCUUGUACAAUUCUUUGAUGGUUCAGCGACCCCGCGCAGCUGGAGAGCCUGUCGUUCGUGCACCUCCGGCUUUGGACCUAGCCGUACUUCCACAGGAAGAGCCCUCUGCUAUGCAGCUGCGGGCUGUGCACGACAUGGUCGAGAACGGCUGGCCCGCAUUCCUUGCAGCCCUAUCCUUCAUCAUCUCGACCAAUCUGUCGGACGAGCUCUUCGUCGACGUCCUCGCCAGCUUCCAGGCAAUGACAAACGUUUCCGGCAUGCUUGGCCUAUCAACACCUCGGGACGCCUUCUUUACGAGCCUAGCGAAGCUUGCUAUCCCCGCCCGUGUCGUCUCCAGCCUCGAGAACUACAUCGAACCAUCGACGCCACGCACUGCCGGGGCAAUCACAGACAACCUUGGGCUGACCGCACCCCCGCAGCCACCGGGACUGUCCGAGCGCAAUCUCGCCUGUCUGAAAGCGUACAUCGCUUCGGCGCUCUUUCUCGCAGGCUCGCUUGGCGAAAGCUGGUUCGACAUCCUCGAAACGCUCCAGAACGCGGACUAUGUGCUGACGAGCAAGGGUGCGAAGCCGCCGAGCAAGCGCAACUCGCUAGCUCCUGCGCCGCCCAUCGGGCGGUCGGUGUCGGGACCCACACGUUCGAGCACAGGCAGCCCUGCACCCCAGUCGGCGUCGCUGGCCCAAUCGCAGAGCCGGCACCCGCUCCUCGCCGACCUCGACGCAGAGAGCGUGCUUGCCGCUAUGCAGCGCCUGUUUGAUGCCUCGAAGAAUAUGGACGAUGUCGCAUUCCACCAUUUUGUAGAGGCCCUGUGCAGGCUCAGUGCCGCCAUGGUUGGUAUGCAGUCGGAAGAGCUCGAGGGCCUGGGGGCAUUGUCUGCGUCUGGCGAAGAAGUCGCUACGAGCCCCAGUCUGAUGCUGCCCGGGGAGUCGGCGAACCGGAGGCGUAUCAGUGGUAUACAUUUGCCCCGUACUUUGCGUUCCGGGGACUUUGGCAUCAACAAACUCGGCGGGGUAGCCAAGUUAAACAUACAUCGCCUCAUCUACCGUGACCCCAAAGUGGCAUGGGACAUUGUGACGUCUCACCUAUUGGCUGUCGUCAAACACUCGCCGGCUCCACAGACCAUCAGGCUGCAGGCGGCACACAUCCUUGAUGACAUCCUCAUUGUCGUACCUCGCAAUUUAUCAACGACUGGUGACCUACAGCCGAAAGUCCAGCGGCGAGUGCUCGAUGUCCUUGCGCAACAAGUUAUCACCGACGGUGGUGCGCUCGGAAACUCCACCACCGUUGAGGUCAAGCGCAUGGGUCUUGAAACACUACACCAGAUCUUGCAGGCGUCUGGCCAUACGCUCGUCGUCGGCUGGGAGACGAUCUUCGAGAUUCUUGGUAGUGUCUGUAAACCUGCGGCACCAGCUCCUACAGUCCCUGCAGAUAUUGGCUCUGGUGCUGCGCCGCGCAGACCGCCACCGCUAGGCUAUGCAAGCGAGAGGAGCUAUUCGGCCUUGGUCAAGAUCGCCUUCCAGUCGUUAACAUUGGUGUGCGAUUCGCUCUCGGGGCUUUCUCCUGAGCACUUGCGUCUGUGCAUCACCACGCUUGGUCAGUUUGGGAGACAAGCAGACACGAACAUCGCGCUGACCGCUGCCGAGAGUCUGCUCUGGGGCGUAUCGGACUCUAUUCAGGCCAAGCGGAAGGACGCGGAGAACGAGCCCGAGUACAGCGCGCUGUGGAUGUUCCUGCUCCUCGAGAUCCUCGGCCUCUGUACGGACGCCCGCCCCGAGGUGCGCGUCGGCGCGAUCCAGACGCUCUUCCGCACCCUGCAGCUGUACGGCGCGACGCUGAGCCUGGCGACUUGGGACGAGUGUAUCUGGAAGGUGACCUUUCCGCUCCUGGACGCCAUCACCCAGUCCAUCCGGCAGGCAGCGAGUACAACCCCAGCCGCCGACGGCGUUGGCACGGUUGGCGUGGAUCAACAGUGGGACGAGUCCAAGGUGCUCGCGCUGCAGUCCGUCGGGUCAAUCCUUCAUGACUUCCUUACCGUCAAGAUCAUGCACCUCGAGUCGUUCGAGAAGGCGUGGGCCGUGUUUGUCCAGCACAUCGAGGACUCGUGGCUGAACGAUAACCGCGCGAUCAGUGCCCCUGCGCUACGCUGUCUGGACAAGGCUGUGAAGGCACUUGCGUCCGCCAGUGGAGAUCUUCGCGCGCGCGCGUCCGAUGCGCUGGAGGUCGUCUGGCAGGCUUGUGACAGAAUGGGAGAGGCAGUUGUCAGGAAGGACUCGGAGCUUUUGGCCAAGCCGUUCACUCAGGAGAGCCUCAUGACAUUUGUCGAGGUCAUUCGCAGCACCAGGAACGCAUAUAAGGAGUUUGAGAAGAAGGAAUGGACACUGGAGCGAAUAACCCGGCUCGUUGUUGUGCUGAAAGGUGUCUUGACUUACUCCAACUCUCCCGAUUUCCGGCCGGAUGUCGAAGCCAUGAGCACUGUUCAAAACGUCGUUAUGGAAGCCAUCGAUGAGAUUGAACUCUCAACUCCAGGGGUUCCUUCCCUGAUUAUAAGGGAUCUCUCCGAAUACAUUACGCUUCCCUUCCUCGCUUCCUUCGAUGUACAAGAAUCUACCACCAGCUCGAAGUCCGGCCGGCCGCAGAAGCGCGUCACCUACAUUGCGUUGUCAAAGAAGACGAUGCCGCAAGUCGUCAAGCUCUUCUUACAGUUUAGAGAGGAUGCGGCCAUCUACAACGAUGGCACUGUGGAAACGAUUCUCUCGGCAUACUCGAUACCUAUCAAGCUCAAAUACGAAUGUCCGCAAUCAUCAAAAUAUGGAAAGGAUCUGCCCCUGUGGAAAAGUGCUACCACGCACCUUCUACAGGUCGUUAAGGAGUGUGGGCCUCAGCUGCAGCGAUUAGGAGACGAGGUUGAAACGAACAGAGUAGAAGGCAUCUGGCGACAGAUUGUCGAGUCGUUCCGCGGAGGUAUCCUAGCGGACUGUACGCCUGCAGAACACUUCCCGCUGGACGUACAAGAGGCAGAAGAAACCUUCGACCUUUCUCUCAUCGCCGCACUCGAGAUAGACGUAGUACCAUACCUCGGCGACCUCCGCGUCCCCGACUACAUCCUUCAGCAACUGGCGACCGUGCUUCAGCGUGGCAGCCGCAUCCGGGACGACCACGAUUACCGGCCGCCGUCGCCCGCUUCACCCGGCCGCAAUCCCAACAGGGCCUCAGACGAGUUUGAGAAGGUCGACAAGUUCGGCGACGUGCCCAUGAUCGAAGGGACGACGGAGCCCGGGCGGUAUGUCCCGCGCGAACGCUUCUCGUACUGGUGCUUCGACCUGCUUUUCGUCAUUUGCUCUGACGCUGCCCAUGAUCGCCUCGGAGCUCGCAGACGAGUCGCCAGCCUCGCGCUGCCGUCUGUUCUCGAACGGUGUCGCUUCACACUUGUGAGCUAUGUCGCCGAUGAAGCCUUGAGGGGAAACCUGCCCUUCCCGAGAGCCCGGGAAGAGGAACUACUGUACGUGCUCCGUGGACUGCUACGACUACGUUUAUGGCCUGGGACGUUGUGGGCUGCGCUGUCAGAGGCUCCAUCAAGAUACAGCAGUGAACAACCUGGUGUGUAUACCGUUCCCUCGGCCCUUGUUGCAGACGCCGUGAAGCGUUCAACGAAGGCACAUCUCUUCCAUUUCUUUGACGUCUUCUGUGAGAUUGUCGCGAUCCCCCGGAAGCCUCCAUCCGUCUGGGUCAUGACAGAGCACACAGAAGAUGCAUCUUCAGAUGCAGCAAGAUCGCCCCUUCUGAGCUGGAACUCGAUCACAUCAGGCGAGGCGCAGCAGGGCAAGGCGGUGGAGCUGGACGCAAGGACCCUCGCAAAGCAAUGUCUAAAGGAGCUUCGUUCUGAAAUGGGAAUUGGACAGUAGUACAUGGGUCGUUAUUGUCUUACAAGGGAUACCAAUAUUUGGAUUAUCGCCACAUGCUUCGCAGUACUUCCUCCAAAGCUCCCUCUCUCACCCAGCCGCGUUCCCUUCUAUCGUAGCCGGCGGCGGCGGCGGCGCGCCCUGGUCCACGCGUUCCUGCAUGAGCGCGAGCAGCUGCGUCUUGUUGAACAUCUGCGCCGUCUGCAGCGCCGUGGGCGUGCCCGCAUUCGGGUCGGCGCCGGCGUCGAUGAGCGCGUGCGCGAUCUCGUCGAAGCCCUUGAACACGACGCCGGCGAGCGGCGUCUGGCCGCGGUCGUUCGUGCGGUUGACGUCUGCGCCGCGCGCGACGAGCCCGCGCGCGAGCUCCGCGUGCCCGUUGUACGCCGCGAGCAUCAGCAGCGUGUUCCCUGUGCCACAUAUGUGCCGUUCGGGCACGCACGCGCGGUGUCAGCGCACACGGUAAAGGAGGUGCAUGUGGGCGCACGUAUGCGUGGGCCGGCGCACCUUCGUCGUUCGUCAGGUUCGUGGGCAGACCCGCCGCGAUGGCUUCCAGCAGCACCGGGUCGCCGUGCCGCGCGGCGUUGAACAUGCGGUGCGCGAACUGGAUGGCCUCGGGCGUGAGCCCAGGUGCUGCUGCGUCGGCGGCGGCGGUGGCGGUGGCGCCCCUGUUCUGCUCCGGUGGUGACACUGCGUCCGUCUGGGAUGGAAACGCUUCAGGGGCGUGGCCGAAAACUCGCACACACAGCGAUCGCAGGGCUGCGCACCAUUGACUUUUUCGACGACGCAACCAACAACACAACGGGCGCGGUGGUGGU